AUGGCCAGACCGUAUGUUUUUCCUCCCAUGGCUUUAACGGGACCUGUCUUUAAAUUUCUGCAGAGUUUUAAACAGUCGUGUACAGUAGUGGUGCUGGACGUGUUUCCCAAGAAGUACUGGUGGCCUCUCCUUAUGAAUAAAGCUGUAAAGAGUAGAUGACUGGCUGUUCGUGGCGAUGGCAACGCUCUCUUGGUCCCGUCCAAAAAGGGGUGGCUGCCUCACAAGGGCAUUCCUGGAGAUCUCUGGGUUUUUGCAGUGUGUUUUUAGGUGUGUCUUGGCAUACAUUUUGAUCUGUUGUGCUACUGGUUUGUGGUGUAUGAUAGGGUUCUUCUUUUCUGGUUUGUAGGAGCUUCCAGUCAUGGCAAAGCUGUUUGUUCAGUCGGUUAAAUGCCCAACCUGUGGACACGCUAAUGAUUUUGACUUCCGUUUUUGUCAACGUUGUGGCUACAAGCGAAAGGUUAUGACAACGCUUGUCAAGGAACACUCUGAUGUUAUCGUUGACCUUGAUGGAAUUGAAGUGCGGUUGCAGCAGUUACUUCACUACGAUCAGGCAACCAGUUAUAAAAAGCAGAAGGAGUCUCUUCAGAGGGAACUUGAGGCUUUUCUUGGUGCCCUGCCGGGUUUUGUUACUCUCGCGACAGUGACGCCUAGGGACUUGUGUCGCUUCCUGAUCUUUAAAGACAAGCGUGGCCAAACACAGGUACACCUCAAUACGUGUGAAUUUUUGGGUCAGCGUGGUAAACAGUCAUGUGGCUGCCCCUUGAGAUUGUCGUACAAGACUGUGGACUCUUACAUAGGAAAGUUAAGAUCGAUUUUCCAUUCCAUUGGUCGGGACGGAGAGUGGGACAAGCGGCUAGGUCUUGGUAACCCAGCCUCUGAUAAAUUGGUUAAAGAUUACCUUCGUCUUGUCACCGCGGAGCAGUUACAGGCCCGUGUUACUCCAAAACAAGCCACGCCAUUCUUUGUGGACAAAUUGACUCAGUUAUUGAAGUAUCUUGAAGGCGAGCUAGCGAGAUCAAAGUCGAAACUUGACCGUUUCAUUAUCGCACGUGACCAAGCUUAUUCUAAGUUGGCGUUCUUUAGUGGGGACCGCCCAGGAGAUCUUGGUCAGGAAGACGUUCCGGAGAUCCUUCGUUUUCGAAAUGAUGAUGGGUUCUUAUUUAAUCAUAUCUGGGGUAAGACUUUGCGGGAUGGUGACAGUAAUGUCUUUGGUGUUCGCAGAAAUCCCCAGUCGGUCAUCUGUCCUGUGAAGGGCGUUGAGCAAUAUGUCGAAGUGGCAAGGGAGUUAGGCGUUGAUUUAACAAAGGGAUAUUUGUUUCGUCCGACAACUUCUAAUAAUGGUGUCCAAGAUUCUCCAUUUAGUUCUUCAGCAGCAGAUGCGCGUCUUAAAGUGUAUCUCAAGCAGAUGAAAGCUGAUGAUGGUGAGACAUUGCAUGGCUUUCGUUCGGGUUGUGCGAUAACGUUGGCCCUCACAGGAGCGGAUCUGUCUGAGAUUAUGGAACACGUGGGUUGGGCUAGGAGGCAUACCGCCUUAUAUUACCUUCAGCUGGCCAAGGUUCUGAAACAUGAUGGCCUGUCGGGACGACUUGCUAUGCCUUCUGCUGAGAAUGUGGUGGCUCCAUGGCAGGAUGUGAAUCAGCUGAAACGUUUUGUGUGUGCUUUUCCAGCUGCUGAGCAGAGGAAACGCCCAGCAGAAUGA